AUGCCAUUCCACGAGGACUUUUCGUGCCCGCACUGCGGCGACUUAACGACGUGCCAAUGGAUCGUGGUGGAUGGGACUGCGCUUGCCCCCAUGCGCAAUACGGUCGAGUUGGACACUCUACGGGAUCAUCCAGUAUUAGUCGGGGGAGGCCUGUGGCAUGGAACUAAGUCGUCUAACCGUGCGUUUCUACCCUCAGAAAGCCUUCAAAACCAAUUAAAGCACUUGUCCAUGACAACGUCCACCCACCCAUCAACUCUCACUCCCCCUCCCUACCUUGCACAACUGCUGCAAUUGACAAUGACCGAACAAGACGGAAGUAUCUUUUUCAACAUACCAGAGAAACCUUGGUACCGCUUUUUCCAUGACCUGUCCAAAUCAACAAGUGUGUACAACGGACUCAUCAUGAACCCGGCGAUCGUGGCUGCCGAACUUAACAUGUGGAUUGAAUCCAAGUGCCUAUCCCAACGCGCUCGGAAGGUCUUUCGGGACUAUUUCCCAACGCUCAAUUUGGUGAUUGCACACGAACGAGACGAUUUCUGCCCACCGGUCCACCUAAUGACACAGCCUGAGUCACCUGAAACCUUGUUUUCAAUCUUCUACUCCCGGUUUCCCGAUGCAGACCGUGUGGUCAUCUACGACAACGCAUGCAACUACCAUGAGUACUGCAUGAAUCGUGAACCACAAUUUUUUGCGAAUCAAGUUACAAAGCAGGACCGCAUACACGCGAAAGGCCACGUUGGAUGCACGAUCGGCCACAACUUGGAUGAAUUUUGGUGGGCCAAGGCCGUUAACUCUCAAGUUGCCGAACAAGGCAACGCAUUGCUCGAUGGCGUGAAGAAGCAAUCAACAUUCAUGACGAUUGGUCAUUACGCGCUUUUCGUUCGGUUUGUCAUGGCCAACAUGAAUCGACGAAAAAUAACCAAUUUCAUUUCAAGGGCCUCCACGUCGGCAUUGGAAGAGUUUCGUGAAGUGGCCCAAGCAAUUGCAAAGAUUAAUUCCGUAGUCUUUGGACGCAGUAGCACCAGGCGAUGCACGUGUGCAUUUUGCAAUCGCGAAGUAUAA